AUGCUACAGAUUUCGCCUUUCCUCCCCAGCGGCGAUACAGAGAGAGAAGAUGGCAGCGUACAGGUGUCUUAUACACGGCUACGAUCUUCUUGCCCUGUCUUCUUCUGCAUCAGCAAUAAUAAACCCGACUUCUGCCGUGGAUCUCAUGACAAUCACGAAGUUGAAGCUGAAAAACUCGGAUCCAGAAGAAGACAAAUAUGGUUGUUUGCAACCGAUGGUCGACGAAAACCCUUCCAGUUUCAAAACGAAUUUGGAGAGUUGGAAGGCUUUGACCUGGAUGUCGUGAGAGAAGUCUGUGCUGUGGCCAAAAGAAGAUGCGAGGUGGUGCUGGCCCAGUUCACCGAGUGCACCUUCACCGACCGCAGCAUCGUGUACCCGGGCAGAGGGCUGAUGGCCGGGUGGUUUGACUGCUGCCCCGGGUACGCCGUCACGCUCGACCGACGCGGUGGGUUUGAUUUCACCCUCCCAUACACCGUCAGCGACGCUUCCUUCGCCGUCGCCCCUGGCAACCCCAGCGGCUUUGAUCCCGACGCCACCGAUUAUUCCAGUUUCACUCUCACUCACCUGACAGGUGCCUACACCAACGAAGCGUGCCUCCGGUUGGGCAAGACGUUCGGCAACAUCCUCGUCGCCAGCAACCUGCCGGAGGCCAAGGCCCUGCUCCUCAACGGAACAGCUCAGGUGUUGUUUUCACCUCGUAACAUCAUCCCCGACUUGGAAGUUCUGCCGGAGCGCGUGGUGUGCUCUGAAGGCGGCACCGCCAUGAUGGUUAAGAAAGGAUCGCCACUUCCAGCUUGGUGGAAUCCCGCCUUCAAGAGUUACUCCGCUUCCGGUCGCUUUCACCAGCUGUGUCAGGAGGACAGCAUCAAAUAUAAUCAAACCAUCAAAUGUCUAUGAAGAACGUUGUCAGUGUUAUGACAAACGACAUCAACAUUUCUUGAGUAAUGAGUGAAAAGUUGAACUGACUGCUGACCUAUCAGGCAAAGCAGUCUGCGCCUUCUGUUACACUUGAAUCUCAGUUAAAAAAAAAAAAAAAACCUUGAAAUUUUAUCUUUUGCUCCUUAUUUAAAUGAAAUGUGUCUACAACUGUCAGUCUCAAUUAAUCCAUGUAGGAGGCUUUAUGUAAAUUUUGAUACUAAUUUUCUACUUCAGCUUUUAUAAUAAUACUUUGAUCACCAAAACAUACAGUACUUUAUGUAGUUUAUAUCAUUGCUACAUUUAUUCUAACAUUGUAGAGAACUUUGUGUAUCUGUAAGCCCAUAUGCUCUCUUUUUAAAUAUAAUUUGUAUUGGCAGUACUCCAUUAAUUAUUGUGUAUUUUAUUUAAUAAAACAAAAGAUAAUUCUUUAA